AUGGGCCUCACACUCACAGAUCUCUGUGCGAUCCUCUUGGCCGUUGCGCUCGCCUUGUUGCUCCGCGACCGCCUGAAGCAGAAAAGUAAAUUGCCGCUUCCUCCAGGUCCGAAGAAGUACCCAUUCAUUGGGAACAUGUUAUCUAUACCUCAAACGUUGGAAUGGGAAACGUACGCUCGUUGGGGCCGCGAAUGCUCUGAUAUCAUUUACUUGGAAGGUCCAGGACUUUCUCUCAUCGUGCUCAACUCGGUCAAGAGCGUAACUGACCUCCUGGGCGAAAGGUCUGCGAUCUACUCCAGUCGACCCCGCGCAACCAUGGUCAACGAAUUCAUGGGUCUUUCGUGGCUCAUGUCCUCUCUACCAUAUGGGAAGCUAUGGAUGGAGCGCCGCCGAAUAUUCCAUCAACGGUUCCACCCCUCUGAUAGUGCUGUUUAUAGACCACGACAGCUUGCUCACGUGCACAAAAUGCUUUUACAACUCGUAGAAACUCCUCAAGAAUUCAUGGACCAUAUUAAAUACAUGAACGGCGGGUUGACUUUGUCACUCGCAUAUGGAAUCAGAGUUCUCCCAAAGAACGACCCAUUCAUAACGCUCUCAGAGCGUGUGUCUGAGUCCUUACAAUCUCUACUAGGCAACCCACGCACCUUUCUUGCCGAUUCGAUACCUCUGUUCAGCUAUAUCCUUGAAUAUCUUGCGGGUGCAAAUCGAAUGGCCACGGAGCGGCGUCUGUUGGCAGCAAGGCUUCGGGACGCCCCUUUUGCCGCGGCACAGAAGGAUAUCGCUGACGGCGUCGCCACGCCCUCUUUCGUGUCACGCUGCUUAGAAAAUUUGGUAGAAUGGGAAGGCGACGACAAGAGCGGUUACGAGAUCAUUAAAGAUACUGCUGGGGUAUUUUUUCUUGCUGGGUCAGGCUCUACAAGUGCUGCUUUAUAUACAAUAAUUCUGGCACUGUUGCAAUUCUCUGACGUGCAAGCCAAAGCACAAAAAGAACUAGACGAAGUUGUAGGCCGUGAUCGCCUUCCAGAUUUGUGCGACGAAGCUUCACUGCCAUACCUUUCCGCUGUGAUCAAAGAGGCUUUCAGGCAGGAGCAAUUUUUUUUUUCCCACGCAUUACCAGUAGCUCCUAUCGCUCUGCCACACUCUUUAACGCGUGAGGACGAGUACGAAGGCUAUCGCAUUCCCGCCCACUCUAUUGUUAUCGGGAACGCAUGGGCAAUGCUUCACAACGAGGCGGACUAUCCCAACCCCGAGCUUUUCAGGCCUGAAAGGUUUUUGAAAGGGGGAAAACUUGACAACGACGUGCGCGACCCCAUCGCUCUCUCCUUCGGAUUCGGGCGUCGAGCAUGCCCGGGAAGCCACAUUGCCCUUUCUACAGUCUGGCUCACCACAGCGUCGAUCCUGUCAGCAUUCACGAUAACGAAGCCCGUGGAUAAUGAUGGAAAAGUCAUUGAGCCGUCAAUGGAGUAUCUCUCUGCGGUGACAAGCCAACCCUUGCCUUUCAAAUGUGACAUCAGCCCUCGGCAUCCUGGUGUCAAAGGUCUGAUUCGGGCCGCGAUUGAUUCCGAUGGUGAUGGAGAGGGUAUGCCUACAUGA